AUGGAUGCCAAAUUCUCAACUUUGAUAAUCGGAUCCCUUUUUGGAUCUCUACCCAUGAAUGGGUUGUUGGAUAUAGACAUUCCCUGUUGUGGGCCGAGCUCUUCCGACGUGAAAAUGGACCAGAUCAAGCCUCCGAAGAACCUUAUACUGUCCCGGGAGAGCAUGGACGCUGCUCUGGAUGCUCUCUUAGCUGGGCAAUCUGUGAAGGAGGCUACUCAAAGAGUAGCCGAGGCUAUUUCUUCCAGGUCGGUUACUCGACCUCCUCCUCCCCCAGCAUCUUCUCAGGCUCCUAGACCGAGUUCCCGACGUAGCAAGUCGUCUCGGCCCUCUAUCCGCAGCAGAUCGAGCUCGGCUCACCAGUCUUCUCAAGCCCCCCAGCCUCGACGCUCUUCUAGUGAGAGGACGGAAGAGGCUCCAAGAGUUAUUUCUGAAGUGGCUGAGGAAACCGGGCUGAUGAGGACGGACCCUAUCCUUCCUCCUGUGGAUGCUUCUGCUGUGGGACUUGAGGUCUCCAUUACUGAAGAGGAAGCUCCAGGAAAAAGAAAAGAGGUUAUUCUUGUAGACGAAGAUGUUGAGGAGGCCCCUACCGGAGAUGCCCCUGCUCCUGAUGAGGUUGGAUCUGGCCUUGCCAGUAAUGGAGGUGUCACAGAGAAGGCUGGGGACAAGCAGGACAUCACCCACCAGUCUCCCGCAAGUGUUGUCGCUGAAAUUAUCAAGGAGCGAAUGUUUGGUGGCGCCACAGAGGCUUCAGACCCACACUUGCUUGCUCUCACUGGUCUUCUAGCUAGUUCUACCAGGGAGCAGGCAGCGUUCCGUUCUCGACCUCGGGGGGAGCUGGGAGAUACGAUCAGGGAGAUGCUCCUGAUGGUGGACGCUCGUGACCACUCUCUCCAGGAGUCUGUGGAUCGCCGGGUUGAGGAGGCCCGUUUAGAGGAAAAUCUGUCUACCACCAGUGAUGCCCGGGGUAAUCUGGCCGCAGCCCAUGAGCAUGCCAAGUCCCUAGAGGCAGAGUUAUCUCACGCCCGGAGGGUUCUUAAAGAGUCUGACGAGAGGGCAGUUGCAGCAGAGGUCCGUUGUGAGGAAGUUCUAAAGCAUCUGUCCUCCGCAAUGGAUGCUCUGCAUGAGAGGGACGAGGCCGUGAGCCAGAAGGAGGAGGUCCAGCGCCAGCAUGAGCAGCUGAAGGUAAAAUUCGAUGCCGUGCUGGCUCAAAAGAGUGAAGCCGUAGCUCGGGUUGUGGUCUUGAAGCAGGAGCUGAGCAAGCAAGCUAAUAGUGUUAAGGGCUUGACUUUGGCGGCAGAGGAGUCCAAACUUCAGAAUCAGCAACUCUGCCAACAAGUCAAAGCCCUAGAGAUGAGGUGCUUAGCUCUGCUUGAAGAGGUCAAAUUGGCUGAGGACAGGGUCCAGCUGGAGGUCGAGAAGUGUCUAAAGGAGUAUAAGGAGUCCCCCGAGCUGAAGAAGGAGAUCCAGCAGGCCUGUGAAGCUCACCUCCAGGAUUAUAGAAGUUCUUCUGAAUUUAAAGCCAAGAUAGCUGAGGUCUGUGAGAAGCGACUUGCGAAAUUCAAAGGCUCUGAUGAAAUGAAAAUUGCCGUAUGGAAUAAGGGCUUCCGCAUGUUCGUCUCUGGGUACAAUCGGGGCCUAAGGACAGCCAGAUACGCCCCCUCUACUCCGUUGGCUGAACUCCGAGCUGCCGAGGAAGACUCUGAUGGCGAGGAGGUGCUUUAUGGGGAGGAUGAUAGACCUUUGCCCAAAGGAGCUCCUCGUACUGCAGCUGGGCCUUCUGAGGCAGGCGCCGAGCUGGGAGAUGGAGAUGCUGGGUCUCGGGGGCUAGAGGUCGUGCCUUUUGUGGGCAUUGGGGGGUCUGAGCCAGAAGGUGUUGGGCCUCCCAUAGACAGUAAUGUAGAUAAUGUAAAUGUAGAUAGUACAGAAGGUAAUGUAGAUGUUCAUACCCCUAGACAUGUAAGUCCUUUAAGGACUGUUUUUCCUUCAGUAGAGCAGACUGUAAAGUAG